GAACUUGAGUGCGUUCAAUGAGAUUCUUCCUUUUUCGAUCAACUUUUCAAAGAUCGAGUCACAUUGAAUUAAUUUUAAUUAAAAAUUCAAUAAGCAUUCAACAUGCCACCAAAAUUCGACCCAACAGAAAUCAAGCAGGUAUAUUUGCGAUGCGUUGGUGGUGAAGUCGGUGCAACUUCAUCAUUGGCUCCAAAAAUUGGUCCAUUGGGUUUAUCACCAAAGAAAGUUGGUGAUGAUAUUGCAAAAGCCACUGGAGACUGGAAAGGAUUGAAGAUUACAGUAUGUCUUACCAUCCAAAAUCGUCAAGCCGCUAUUUCAGUCGUUCCAUCAGCAGCCUCAUUGAUUGUUAAGGCACUUAAGGAACCACCAAGAGACAGAAAGAAGGUGAAAAACAUUAAACACAGUGGUAACAUUUCAUUAGAUGAUGUUAUUAGCAUUGCUCGUGUAAUGAGACCUCGUUCAAUGGCACGCGAACUCUCGGGAACAUGCAGAGAAGUUUUAGGAACUGCACAGAGCGUCGGAUGUACAAUUGAUGGACGAGCAGCACAUGAUGUUAUUGACGACAUUAAAUCAGGAGCUAUUGAAAUGCCAUCAGAAUAGACAACUAUUUUGAAUCAUUUAAUUCCUGAUUAUCAUAAUGUGAAAUAAAACAAUUCUGGAUUUUCCUGAAAUCAUUUGAAUCCAAAAA